AUGUGCGGUGGAGCUAUAAUCUCCGACUACGUUCCCCGGAGAAAAUCAUCAUCCCGGCGACUGACGGCGUCCUCAUCCCACCUCCGGGAUGUUGCCGCCAACAUUUUCGGAAGCACUCUUUCCCAGAAGAACAACAACAAUGUAGUAGUAGUACAAAAAAGCAAUGGGUACUCAACCGGAGUGAAGUCUGAGGUUAUCGAUCUGGAUCACGAAUCCGAGACCGAUUUCCUUGAUUUCAAGGAGGAUUAUGUCCAGCUGGAUGAUAUUAAGCCCUUCAAUAAUCUACAUUCCGGCGUCCAAGGUAGUAUUAAAUCCUCCCUCCUUUUUCUGUUUCUCUGUUCCUCGAUGUUUUCUCAAAUUUCGGUAAGGGAUUUUGUGGGUUUUUUUUUAUUUCUAACUCCAUUUUUGUUUUGUGUCCUUGAAGGGCAGACCCGAAAUCCAGUCCAAUUCAGGAAAAAAGCAGAGUGCUCUGUUUUUGUUGAUCUCGAGGAAUCGAAGCCCAUUUGUCCUAAUGUUGGCUUGAAUUCUUCUGAUCAAGGAAGUAGUAGUUUUUGCAAUGAUGAUAUCUCAGACUUUGAGUGGGGAGAAAAAUGUGUUGAAAUUCCAGAAAUAUCUUCCUUCCUCUCUGCUGCCGCCAUGGAUGAUCAUGAGGAGGAAGCUCAAUCUCUAGAGGAAGACGACGGCUUCCUCAAUCUUGCUAAGAGAACCAAAGCGAGCCCGGCUGAUCAUCAAAUUGAUGAGUUAUCAGCUUUUGAAUCAGAGUUGGAGUUCUUCAAGAAUCCUUUUCCAGAGGGGAAUUGGGAUUUGUCACUUGAUGAUGCGUUUCUAAGUGGAGAUGUGAGACAGAAUGAAGGGAAUCAAAUGGAUUUUUGGACAUUUGAGGAUAUUUAUUCUACCUUUGGGGGUGUUUAA